UUGAGACAUUGUUUUAACGAUUUUUAGAUUGCAUAUCGCAUAAUGUCAGUUGAUAAAAUUUAUGCAGUAUUUCUAAUAUUAAAUGAGUAACAAAUUUCAAUAUAUAAUGUGUUAUGUAUUUUUGAAGUAAAUAAAGUCACGACGAAGAAAUCGCGAUACAAUUUUCGCAAAAUAAUCUUACAAAAUGACGCUUGAAGACGCACAAAAUGCGGCUAAAAGGGCGGUACAGUUUGACAGCAACAAUCAGUAUAAACAAGCAUUGUAUUACUAUAAUGUAGCUGUGAAAUAUCUUUCGGAAUUACAAGAUUCUAUGUAUGAUCAAAAGAUAUCGGAAUAUCGUGAGAGAAUAUCGACGAUAGAGAGUCUUAUUAUCGAAGAAGAACAAAAACGUCAUAAAGCACAACCGACUCAACAAUCCAAGUUACAGAGAUGUAAAUUCCUUAUGAACCAAGCACAAGACGCAGACGAAGCUGGUUUGAAGGAUAUUGCUGUAAAAUUAUACACAGAGGCUGCUACGCUUGGACUCAAUCUGUCACAAGAAACCAUUGAUGCAGAGGUAAAGGCAAAAUUGAAAUCCCUUGUAACAUUAGCUAUUGAUAGAGCAGAAUCUUUAAAGGGUUUAAAAACGAUUGAUAGCAAUGACGUUUUUAAAAGUCUUUCCAAAUUACCUCCUGUACCAGAAACAAAUUUGGACGAAGAUGUGGAUAAAUUACCGUCUCCAACAAGUCAAACAGCUACUACUAGUUCUACUAAUGCAGGAAAACAAACUCGACCACCGCUUCAUCGCGGAAGUAGUGCACAUUUGAAAGUAAGUGGCGGUAGUUCAAGUUACACAGACGAAGAGAAAAGAGUUUUACUUCAUAGUUCUCACAUCAACGAUAAUGAGUUCGUACCUUUCAUGAGCAUCGAUCUCACGGAGAAAUUUCAAUAUGCUAUCCCGUUCACCGAUAAAGAUGGUUUAUUAGAAUUAGCACCGAAACAAAAGGCGGAAUUCGCAAGAUGGUGCCGACCGGAGGAAUUAUUCUCCGAUACAAGAAUGGUUAAAAUGCAUCACGUCGAUUAUUACAGUAUUAAACAGACUGUCGUGUCCGAUUGUUCCUUCGUUGCUUCUCUUGCAGUUAGUGCACAGUAUGAAAAACGAUUUGGACGUAGACUGAUCACGUCUAUUAUUUAUCCAAAGAAUAGAAAUAAAGAACCAAUAUAUAAUCCAUUUGGAAAGUACAUGAUGAAACUACACAUUAACGGUGUUCCACGCAAAAUUAUAAUAGAUGACUUAUUGCCUGUAAGUCGAUACAACCAAUUACUUUGUUCCUACUCUAGCAAUCAUGGUGAGCUGUGGAUUUCAUUACUCGAGAAAGCAUACAUGAAAGUAAUGGGCGGCUAUGAUUUUCCCGGUUCGAACAGCAAUAUUGAUUUGCAUGCCUUAACGGGCUGGAUUCCUGAGAGAUGGGCUAUAAGACCUGGAGAGCCUGAUUUCAAUAAAGACAAUUUAUUUAAUGUGUUGUUGACACGUUUACACAAAGGCGAUGUACUUGUAACAGUUGCUACUGGAGAACUAUCUGAUUUGGAAGCCGACAGGACAGGUCUUGUUCCCACCCACGCCUACGCCGUACUCGACGUCAGGAAAAUAAAUGAUGAAAGAUUACUGCAGUUAAAAAACCCUUGGUCGCAUUUACGUUGGAAAGGAAAUUACUCCGAACUUGAUGGAAUACAUUGGACGAAUGAAUUGAGAGAAGUAUUAAAUUACGAUCCAGAUUCUGCGGCUCAGUUUGAUAACGGGAUUUUUUGGAUUGAUUACGAUAGUAUCUGUCGAUUCUUUGAUGUAUUCUAUUUGAACUGGAAUCCGGGCUUAUUUAAUUACACUUACUGCAUUCAUCAAAUGUGGAAUGCAGGGAUAGGACCAGUGAAGGACGCCUAUAAUAUAGGUGACAACCCGCAGUUUUUAUUGGAGGUGAAAAGCAAUGUUAGAGGAGCGGUUUGGAUUCUGCUUACAAGACACAUUACGGAUAUAGCAGAUUUUAGACAGAAUAAAGAAUACAUAACAAUAUUAGUUUACAAGAACGAUGGGAAGAGAGUUUAUUAUCCUUACGACCCACCGCCAUAUAUUGAUGGCUUGAAAAUAAACAGUCCGCACUACCUCUGCAAAAUAAAGCUGGACACUCAAAGUGAUACUCGAUAUACUUUAGUUAUAUCGCAAUAUGAAAAGACAAAUACAAUAUACUAUACCUUGCGCGCUUAUGGAUCGUGCGAAUUCUCAUUAAGAAAGAUACCAAAUUAUUAUAAAUACGAAAAGGAGCUCACUGGUCAAUGGAAAGAUAUUAGUGCUGGCGGAUGUGGUAAUCAUCCAACGUAUCAAAAUAAUCCGCGUUAUCAAUUGGUAUUGGAAAGUUCGAUGAAUAAUAACUACCUGCUGAUUAUAUUAAAGGGACCUAAACAGUAUCAAAUAGGAUUUGAUAUAACAUCGAUUGUAUUGACCGAUCCUGAUGCGCCUAAUGCUUUCAAAACGAAGAGCUCUGGCCCAUUCAGGUCAGGAUUCGUCUACUUGGAAUUAGAAGAUAUACCAGCAGGUACAUAUCAUAUUAUUCCGUCAACGUAUAUUCCUGGACAAGAAGGGCAUUUCUUUCUAAUUUGUAAAUCAUUCUGCAAAUUGCAGCUUCAACCGCUUCAAUAACGUAAUUACUUUAUACAAAAAGACCUAUUAACACAUUUACUUUUAUAUGAUAAAUUUCUAACAACGCGUUGAAUAAUUUAUUAUAAGCAUAAUGCAUUAAUUUAUUAGUAUGCACUAAUUGUGAUACGUGAAAAGACAACUAAACGGAUGCAUAAUAUACAGGGUGUCCCGCAUGUGUAGGGCCCGCACUGAGUCACGGCCGAGCGAUCCGAGUCAGCCUACCCGUGGCUGAGCGCAGGUCCUACGCGUGUUCUCAUUAGUCAGUGUUUUUCGUUGAUAAUUAAAAAAUCACUUUGCAUUUCACCAAAAGAAAUUGUUGUUCAGAAACACCUUUAGAAUCACACCUUUUCGGCUGUAACACUUCUUCUGGGACACCCUGUAUUCAUAUCUGCUGUUAUAGUCAUUAACAAACACUGUGAUGAGUAUUAAUAUAUUGUACAAAGAUCGUUAACGCUAAAGUCGAUGUUAUAAUUCUUUUCGAUAAUAUAAAGGCGUGAAAUGAGAGAAGAAGAUUGUAAUAAGGAAAUUCAUUAAACGGUGAAUUGUUAUAAAAAAAUGUUCCUUUUUUAUUUUAUAUUUGGAAAGUACAAAUUAGUAAUCAGACUAGACAACUACUGACUGGAUAAUGAAAAUUUGUGGCACUUUUAUUCAUAAUUCAGCAUUUGCUUGAUGCGUUACUGAUUUGGCACGUACGCAGCUAAAUUUCGACGAAUGUAGUUUUUAAGUAUUUUAAACUAUUUAAUAUUUUGUACUGUCCUUAUACAGAUAACAGGAAGUAUCUCUUUUUGAUGAUUUAUGCCAAAUUAAUUACUAAACAGCAUUCGUGUACAUACUCGAUGAAAAUGCAAUUGUGAAUACAAUAAUAAUUUUUAUGAAACAUAUUUAGUAAGAAAUAUAUUUCACGAAAAAAGAAACAUAGUUUUGCUCGUAAAUCAUAAGCAACGUCAGGAAAAGCAUAAUUUGGUUUAUUCGCAGAAAUUACUGC